UUAUUUUAAUCCUGAAUGAGGACUGAGACCUUUCAUCCUCCCUAGAGGACUGUAGACCUGAUAAAGGACUUGGACACACACACACACACACACAGGAGUGUCCCAGCCUGGAUCGGUACUCACGUGGGUCCUGCAGGAGCUGGCAGGCGAUGGAGACCCUCCUCCUCUCGCCCCCAGAGAUCCCUGGGAAAACACGGCCUCCGAUAACGCUGUGGGCCACGUGACUCAGACUCAGCUCGGCCAUCACCGAGGACACCUGCACAGCAGUACAGGUCAAAGUUUCCUGCCAUUAAUGAAGACUUCACCCAGCAGUGUACCACGGUGUCCAAUCCUGCCAGAGACGGCGUCCAACAAUGUGGUCUUUCCUGAGCCUUUACCAAGCAAACACAGAACACACACAAUUACACUUAAUUACAUUCGUACAAACAGUGCAUUUUUAGAUUUCACUUUAGUUUGGCCAAAAGCAGGAUACCCUGUAAUUCCCUGUAAUUGUAAUUUCCAUGACUCUGUUUUUAUAGUAGAAAAACAAUAAUGUGUUAACGGGUGUGUUAUUUAUUGAAAAAUGCUUAAAUCAGUCCAUUAGAAAAUCAUCUUUUAAAUGAACUUCUGAUUGAAGCAUAUUCAUUGAUUCAUUAUCCACACAUAAAAACAAACAAACUUAGGAGUGAGUCGAGUAUGAACCUGAAUUUCCCAGUAUGCCCAUGAUCUGUCCACUUUCUACAUGGAAGGAGACAUCGUUGAGGAUCUGACGUGUCCAUCGCUUCCUGUAGGAUGAUAAGUCCCACCAUGGACCCACACGCUCACUGCAACACACACACACACACACACAGAGCAUAUUUUUUAUUUCCCCAGUGAAUGACACCAGAGACUUAGUCAUUUUAUCAGUGGGCAUAAAGAACACAGAAAAUUAAACAUAUUUUGAACCAAAACCAAGUCUUUAUAGACUGUGCAGCAUUUACCUGACUGUGUAGGAGAUGUUGCUGCCGCUCAGGCAACAGGGAGGCUCCGAUCGCUCCUCUUUACUGUUCCUCCAAACAUCCCUCUUCACAUCUGACAUGUACUUUAAGGACUCAUGAGCUCUGGUCCUGUCCUCUGGUUCCAGUGCCUGCAUUGCACAAAAUCUGUCUCCGUGUUCUCCAGCCAGUCUGCUGCCCCAAACAACAACUGUAUCUAGUCCGUCUCAGAGCACUUUUCUCAUAUCCAGCCCCACACAUCUACAACGCGUGAAGCUCUAAACGCAAAGUCGUCUCACAGUCCCAGACUUUGUUUCUCUGCAUCCAUUCCCCCGCACAAAGCAGCAGUGUCUCUCAGGAACCAUAAACACACAGUGAAUACUGCGUUAUCUGAGGGAACUUUGAUCUGCAGUUGUAUAAAGAAGAGAAAAAACACACACAGUGAGCAGAGGGACUGGCUGUUAGUCCUCAAACUGAGCACUGCCACCAGAAAAGCUAUGACUGUCAGGACAGAGCAGACGGAGGACUGACAUGACAUGAACUUGAACACUUUGAGACAGAAGGCUUUUGAGCUGAGACACAAGGAGAUCUUCAGCUGGACUGAAGUCAAACUGACAAGGAGAGGAAACAGCGAAGGGAAAGCAGAAAAGGGCAGAAGAGGGAGAGGGGGACGUUGACUUCUUGACCCUGCAAACGUUGACCAGGAGCUUGCAUCAUCAUGGACACAGACAUAGACAUGGACCUCUAUCACAGAAAAAGCUCCUCACAGCAUCAAGACACAGAGUUGUUCUCGUCUGAAGAAGACAGCAGUCUCUACUUCACCUACAGCGGAGGGUGCAAUGAGCUGGAGGUCAACAACCUGCACUAUGAGGUGGACACCGCUGCUCAGAUCCCCUGGUAUGAGAGGUUGUCAGAGUUCAAGCUGCCAUGGGAAAUAAAAGGCGAUAAGCAGACGGCCAUUAACAAACUCAGCCUCCAUGUCCGCAGCGGUCAGAUGCUGGCCAUCAUUGGCAGCUCAGGUUGUGGUAAAACAUCUUUGCUGGACAUAAUAACGUGUCGGGACGAGGGCGGCAUAAUGACGUCUGGUCAGAUUCUGAUUAACGGGAAGCCCAGCACAAAACAGUUGGCGAAGAAGAGCAUCGCUCAUGUCCGCCAAGAUGACCGUCUCCUCCCUCACCUCACCGUCCGUGAGACUCUUGCCUUUGUUGCCAAACUGAGGCUCCCCACCUACUUCACGCAGGCCCAGAGGGACCAGAGGGUGGAUGAUGUGAUUGCAGAGCUGCGGCUGCGACAGUGCGCAAACACCAGGGUGGGAAACGACUACGUGAGGGGAGUUUCUGGAGGAGAGAGGAGAAGAGUCAGUAUCGCCGUACAACUUCUCUGGAACCCUGGUAUUUUGAUCCUGGACGAGCCCACGUCAGGUCUGGACAGCUUCACAGCCCACAACCUGGUGAUCACACUGUCCCGCCUGGCUCGGGGAAACCGUCUGGUCCUGCUGUCAGUCCACCAGCCUCGAUCGGACAUCUUCCAGCUCUUCGACCUGGUCGUGCUGAUGUCGUCGGGUUCAGCCGUUUACUGUGGCGCUGCCCGGGAUAUGGUGCCUUACUUCACUGCACUGGGAUAUCCAUGUCCGCGCUACUGCAACCCCUCAGACUUCUAUGUUGAUUUGAUCAGUAUAGACCGACGCAGUCCAGAGAAAGAGGCCGAAUGUUUGGAGCGAGCCAGAGUUCUGUCUGCGCGGUUCAUGGAGAAGGUCAGAGACACGAAUGAUUACAUGUGGAAACCAGCUGUGACCAACACAGCACCAACACUACCUGAAAGCGCCAGCAUGUCAGAGGGAGAGGGAGUAAUAACCAUUUCCAAUCAAAGAGACAGAUUACCUGGUAAACUUCACCAAUUCACCACCCUCAUCAGGCGUCACAUGUACAAUGACUUCAGAGACUUAGUCACAUUACUGGUCCACGGCUUUGAGGCCUUGCUCAUGUCACUGCUGGUCGGUUUUCUGUACUACGGUGCGGGAGCAGAGCGCCUGUCCAUCCAGGACACAGUUGCCCUCCUCUACAUGAUUGGAGCUCUCACUCCGUUUGCUGUGGUGCUGGACGUCAUAGCUAAAUGUCACACAGAGAGAGCCAUGCUCUUCCAUGAGCUGGAGGACGGCAUGUACUCCGUCACCUCUUACUUCUUUGCCAAGAUUCUGGGGGAACUACCAGAGCACUGUGUGUUCACCCUGGUCUACAGUGUGCCCAUCUACUGGCUGGCUGGGCUCAACGAUGCUCCUACCUGUUUCUUGCUCAACUUCCUGCUGGCUUGGCUGAUGGUUUACUGCAGCCGUGCCAUGGCUCUGUUUGUAGCUGCCGCUCUGCCCACCCUGCAGACCUCAGCCUUCAUGGGCAACACCUUGUUCACCGUCUUCUAUUUGACGGCAGGAUUCGUCAUCAGCCUUGAAAACAUGUGGCUCGUGGCCACAUGGCUUUCUCAUGCCUCCUUCAUGCGCUGGGGUUUUGAGGGAAUGCUGCAGGUGCAGUUCAGAGGAAACAAGUAUCCUGUCAGCAUCGGAAACUUCACCAUGAAUAUUGACGGCAUAUAUGUGGUGGAGGCCAUGAACAUGAACCAGUAUCCUCUGUACUUGUGCUACGUCGUCCUGCUGGCCGUCUGUUUCAGCUUCAUGGUGCUCUACUAUUUGUCCCUGAAGUUCAUCAAACAGAAGUCUAGUCAGGACUGGUGAAAACGUCUGGAUCUGAAACCACGCUCUUGUUGUGGCAGUAAAAAAAUAAGUGAUUUGAGUUCUAGUUCGACUGGUUCGACACUGAGCUUUUAAUUAUUGGUUUUACUGUGAAAACAGUGAUUAAUUGUAAAUCAUAUUUUUUUUUCCCACAAUAAUUUCAAUUUAAGUGUAAUAGCAUUAAUGUAUGAAGCAACAAAUGCAGCAAUUACACACACAUUUGACUUCUUUAAACAAUCUCAACAUAUAGCACUGAACAUUGUAUUAGAGCAUCAACCAAAAAUAUAUUACGUUUGUUUUUUUACAAAACAAAUGUAAUAUAUUAAAGCACAUUAUUUCUUGAUUAAGAUGUUAUUUACUUACAUUCCUGAACAGGAGGUCAGGGUACCAAAGUAUAAUCCGUAUUUCUGACAAAACCAAAAUACGGAAACAGCGCCCCCUUUUCCUUUUUUGUAUUGAACAAAAUGCAGAAAAACAGAUUUUGCUCUUGUGUUGAUGUGCAGAUUAUAGGAACUACAUGACCCAGAAGGCACUGGGGCGUACCGGAAGUACAUGGCAGGAUUGUAUGUGGAAAGUGGCUCCAGUAAAGUUUGAACAAAACCUA